ACUUGAGCUGGGAGUGGAGGGAGAGUCAGUGAGUGAGCUCCUGGAGCAGAGCUGCUGACGCUCACUGACUGCUGCAUGCUCAAACCGAGAGGGGAGGCGACAUGCAGAACGUCAUUAACACCGUCAAAGGGACUGCACUCGGUGUGGCAGAGUUCCUGACGCCCGUACUUAAGGAAUCAAAGUUUAAAGAGACUGGAGUAAUUACCCCAGAGGAGUUUGUGGUAGCUGGAGAUCACCUGGUCCAUCACUGUCCCACUUGGCAAUGGGGAACUGGGGAGGAUGCCAAAGUCAAACCGUACUUGCCCAAGGAUAAACAGUUUAUGGUGACAAGAAAUGUUCCUUGCUAUAAGCGUUGCAAACAGAUGGAAUAUUCUGAUGAAUUUGAAGCAGUCAUUGAAGAGGAUGAUGGUGAUGGGGGAUGGGUGGAUACUUACCACAAUUCAGGUGUUGCUGGAUUGACAGAUUCUGUCACAGAGAUUACUCUAGAAAGCAAAGACAACUCAAAGUGUAUAGGCAGCAGCACAGCCUGUAUGGAUGAUAAUGAUGAAGACGAUGAUGGAGAAGCUGCUGAUAUGGAAGCCUAUGAAGAAAGUGGAUUGUUGGAAGAGACAGAUGAUGCAGCCCUGGAUACGAGCAAGAUAGAAGCGAGCAAGCCCAAAGCAGAUGCUGUUGGAGAAGAUGGAAUUCUUCAGACGAGAACUUAUGAUCUAUAUAUUACUUAUGACAAGUAUUAUCAGACACCCAGGCUUUGGUUGUUUGGUUAUGAUGAGCAACGACACCCACUGACUGUAGAAGAGAUGUAUGAGGACAUUAGCCAGGACCAUGUCAAGAAAACAGUGACAAUUGAAAAUCAUCCCCACUUGCCCCCACCUUCAAUGUGUUCUGUUCAUCCAUGCAGGCAUGCUGAGGUAAUGAAGAAAAUCAUUGAGACAGUUGCAGAAGGUGGAGGUGAACUCGGUGUACACAUGUAUCUUCUUAUUUUUUUGAAAUUUGUUCAAGCAGUCAUUCCAACAAUUGAAUAUGAUUACACAAGACACUUUACCAUGUAACUCAAGUUUACACAAUCACAAUAUUAUCAGAAUUUGUUCUGAGCUGACAAAAUGCUGCUGCCUUUCGAUUGUAACUAAGAAUUCGCUCAGCAUAAUUCUGACUAUUGUUCAGGUUCAGUUCCUUUUCAGAGGUUCUGUAAUGAGAUUGGCAAGAGCUUGUCUGUUUAUCCACACAAAGAAGCUGAAUUCAAUUACAAAACCUAUCUGCUUUUUUUCUAUGAACUCUCCAUUUUGUGUUCCCUGGUCUACUUUUGAGUAAACAACUAAAGCAAAUACAUUCUCUCUAAUUCAUGUUUCAUUGCAUUUUGAAAGUAAGAUGUAUUGACUUCUAUUAAAUUGAUUUAUAUUUGCAGUAUACAAAUAAAUGAAAAUGUCUGACAAA